AUGGAUCAGCUGCUACUUGGGUGGCUUAUUUCUUCCCUCACAGAUGUUGUACAUAGUCAAAUAGUAGGAUUGAAGACGACUCAUGAAGUAUGGAGUGCUUUGAGAUGCAAGUAUGCAGCCCACUCUCGUUCCCGGAUACAAAGGCUUCGCGCUCGACUUGAAUCCAUAAGAAAAGGUAUAGACUCCAUUGCCUCUUAUUUUCACAAAGUAAAAGGCAUUGCACAUCAGUUGGCAUUGGCAUGUAAACCAGUAGAGAAUGACGAUCUCAUGUCUUACAUUCUUGCUGGUCUUCCAACUCAUGAGUAUGGAGCUUUGAGGACUUAUUUGAACACCAAAGUUGAACAAAUUGAACUCGAGGAACUCCUUAGUCUUCUCUUGAUUCAUGAAGCUCAAUGUGAAGCAAAUGAACCUGAAACAGGCAAAGUCCAUAUUGCUAAUAUUGCAUAUGGCAAUCAACAAGUAAACAGAGCUUACUCAAACAGGCCAUUUAAUCGACAUGGCCGUGAAAACAGAAACCUGAAUUCUGGUCGAAUUGGAGCAAGUCGUUCAGUAGUCUGUCACGGGUGUGGAAAUCCAGGUCAUAUGGUUACAAACUACCGCACCAUCUGUCAAGCAUGCCGCCAACCAGGUCACAGUGCGCUGCAUUGCAAAGAAUAUCGUUUUCUGAAAGGCAAGUCACCACAGGUCAAUGCUGCUAUAGUUUAUUCCGAAGAGAUAGAUAGUGCAUGA